AGCUUAAAAAAAAUCAAUCAAUCCAAUCAUAUUGAUAUCGUAAUUCUUCACAUUUUUAAUAAUAUAUACUUUUUAUUGAAUAACGUUUAUUAAUAUAAUGUUAAACAAUUCAAAACUAUAAUCAAUUUGUAAUUUAAUGCUGUAAAUAAGACUAAAUUCUAAGAAUAUUUGUUUGGUGUUUUUUUUGGUUAUAAAUUGUAAACAACAUGGAUGAUGAGAAAAAGGUUAUGUUUCACGAAAUGGAGCUCGAUGAUCGUAUUUUAAAGGCGAUUUCGCAGUUGGCAUGGAGUGAACCCACGUUGAUUCAGGAAACAGCUAUUCCGCUGCUUCUAGAAGGUAAAGAUGUCCUUAUGCGUGCACGUACGGGUUCAGGAAAGACGGCUGCGUUUACAAUACCUGUUAUUCAGAAGAUUUUAAACUUGAAAAACACUACUCGUCAUCAAGCUAUACACGCUUUGAUUUUGUCUCCCAGCAAAGAACUGUGUGGACAAAUUGCAUCUGUUAUAGGAGAUCUAACCUUAAAAUGUGCAUGGGAAGUGCGAUGUGUGGAUAUCUCGGCAAGCGGGGACAUGCAGACACAGAAGUCCCUGUUAUUGGAUAAACCAGACAUAGUUGUAGCCACUCCGUCGAGAGCGCUUGCACAUUUGAAAGCAAAUAACAUGAGAGUAAAGGACGAUUUAGCUAUGCUGGUGGUGGAUGAGGCAGAUUUGGUAUUCUCCUUUGGAUAUGAAGAUGAAAUAAAAGAAUUAUUAAGUCACCUACCGAAAAUUUAUCAAGCAGUACUCGCUUCAGCGACACUGUCAGAUGAUGUGCUGAGUCUUAAAAAGAUAGUCCUCCGCAAUCCUGUCACGUUGAAACUAGAGGAGCCCGAACUGGCUCCGUCGUCACAGCUGCAGCACUAUCAUUUGUUCGCCGAAGAGGAUGACAAAGCGGCUAUACUGUAUGCACUGCUCAAACUGAAUCUUGUCAGGGGGAAGAGUAUCAUAUUUGUACGAACAGUGGACAGAUGUUACAAAUUAAAACUCUAUCUGGAACAGUUCAAGAUCAGCUCGUGUGUGCUCAACUCGGAGCUGCCGGCCGCGGUGCGGUGCCUGUCGGUGGACCAGUUCAACAGGGGCCGGUAUCAGAUCAUCAUAGCUUCGGAUGAGAAGGCUCUGGAGAAGCCCGACGGUGGUAUAUUGCCCAUAGAGGAGAGGACCAAAAAGAAAAAGCAAGCUUCAAAGAGAAAAAGGGAUAAAGAGUCGGGCGUAUCUCGCGGUAUAGACUUCCAACACGUGGCGAACGUUAUCAACUUUGAUUUCCCGCUCGACGUGAACUCUUACGUGCACAGAGCUGGGCGCACCGCCAGGGGCAACAACCAGGGCUCGGUGCUGUCGUUCGUGUCAAUACGCGAGAAGCCACUGAUGGACGCGGUAGAGGCGCACCUUUCAAAGGGCUUCAAGAGUCAGAAAGUUCUCCAUAAGUACGAGUUCGCGCUGGAGGAGGUGGAGGGGUUCCGGUACCGGUCGCGGGACGCCUGGCGCGCCGUCACCCGCAUCGCCGUCCGCGAGGCGCGCCUCAAGGAGAUCAAGCACGAGCUGAUCAACUGCAAGAAGCUGCAGGGCUACUUCGAAGAGAAUCCCUCAGACUUGGCAGCUCUCAGGAGAGAUAAGGCCCUUCACACAGUAAAAGUGCAGCCACAUCUAGCACAUAUACCUGAGUAUUUGCUUCCUGCUGCCUUGAGGAGCGAGGAACCAGCGGACACUGAGCAGCAAACAGAAACCGCCCCUCCAGCCAAGAAGAAGAAACACAAUAAGAACUACGAGAAUACAAAGAGACGGAAAUAUCAGGCACGGCACAACGAUCCGCUGAAGAGUCUCGACGCGAAGCCAAGAGCCGCCGCUGGCGACACAUAACCUUUUGCGCGCGGGGCCGCUUGUCGGGUCGUCUCGUAUGGUUAGUUGUUGGAUUCGGUUAGUACCGUCAGGGAUUCGAUGCCGUGCUUGUGGCAUACUGUCAAUGAAUAAUAAAUAUUUCUAUUAUGUUAA